UUUGAAGCGUUAUAUGUUUAUUUUCUUUGACAGCUUAUGGUGCAUUAAAUGGCAACUGGCAGCUCGAGUUGUAGGAACAUCAAAAAGAUUGGAGAAAUUUGUUAACUGAGAGUUAAACAUCUUCCUUGAUGAAUACAACAUCCUGGAUGUGUUUCAGUCUGGUUCAUAGCACAAAAGAGUCAACCCUGCUGAGGAUUUAUAAUGACAUUCUCCUUGUGGUGUCAUUUUGUGUUCCCACCUCCGAGGUUCAGUGAAUGCAGCAUCAGUGUGUUUCGUUUCUGCGCAAAAGAAUAUCAGCAGCCAAGGUUUGCCACGGAUCUCAGCCAUGAGUAAGAAUGGUGACACUGAUAAAGAGCCUCAGCCACCAACCCAGGGCUCUGCUGAUAAAAAGCCAAAAUCAGAAGCCAGCCCUGGAAACAUCCUCCUAACAACACCAGGAAAGGCUCUUGCAAUAACAGGAACUGCAGUGUUAGGAGCAGUGGGUGCAGUGGCCCUGGCUCCUGUGGUUCUGGGUGCUGUCGGUUUCACCUCAGCUGGGAUAGCAGCAGGCUCCUACGCUGCCAGCAUGAUGUCUGCUGCUGCCGUUGCCAAUGGAGGAGGGGUGGUGGCAGGAAGUCUGGUGGCAAUUCUACAAUCUGCAGGUGCUGCUGGUCUCACGGCGACCGCCUCAGCAGUUGUGGCCAGUGUUGGAGGUAGUGUUGGAGCCGCUGCAGGGCUGCUGGCACGCAAAAUCCACAAACGAAACAAGGAGGAGGAGGAGGAAAACAAAAAGGAGACAAAGAAGAAAAAGGAUCAUGAUGAUGAUGAUGAUGAUGAUAGUGGUGAUGAUGGUGGUGAUGAUGGGGAAAACGGACAAGAACUGGAAAGAUUUGUCUCAUGAGUUCUCACACUAAUAGUUAACUUACUAGUCUGCAUCAAGUUGUCUCAGUAAAAUUAAAAACAUUUUUCACUGACUGGUUAUAGAAACAGAAAGACAUUACCGUUUAAUUUGUGCUAAAACACAACAGCCAAAUUAUUAGAUAAAUUAUUCCUAAACUAUAUAGAAGUACUGUUUUGCAUUAACAUGUCUCUUUUCUUGCGUCUGUGUUGUUUCUGUUAAUUAAUUUCAGCAAGAACUGAACCAUAAUGCCAAAGUCUAAAGCAAUUAUCCUGUUUUAUUCCUUUUAAUAAUAAUUUUUUGCAAUAAAUAUUUAAUGUUUGAAAUUAA